AUGGAAGUGUUACUAAACUAUCAGAUUGUCUCGGGACAAAGGAUGAACAGAGAUAAGAGCUGCUUUUACAUGUAUAAAACUUGUGCAAUGAGCCUAGUUCAAGAUGUAACAAAAAUUACUAGUUUUACAAUAGGUGAAUUUCCAUUCAAGUAUCUAGGAUACCCAAUAUUUCACAGCAGAAAGAAGAAGGCAUAUUACAAUGAUCUGAUAAACAAGGUGAAAGACAGGCUACAGAAUCGGAAAGGCAAGUUGAUGUCUUUUGGAGAUAAAGUUGUGCUCAUCAACAGUGUUGUUCAAAGUAUGCCAAUGUAUUUUUUGUCUGCCAUGGUUCCCACAAAGUAUACUAUUCAAGAGCUACAUAGAAUAUUUGCCAGAUUUUAUGGAGUAACAAUGAAGAUAAAAGGAAUAGACUGUUAUAUCCAGUAUUUUGCACAUUCAGAUAUUUUGAGAUAA